AUGAAAUUGAUUCCUCUGCGGUGUUGCGUCAAGAAGUACGAGUGGGGGCGCAAAGGGAUGGACAGCGCUGUCGCCCGCUUUGUCAAGAAUCAGAUGUCCGGCUAUUCAGUCGAUGCCGACUCUCCUCACGCCGAGCUUUGGAUGGGAACCCACCCGUCGGGCCCCACAAUCAUUGUGAGCCCAGACCCGGAACUGGACAACAAAACGCUAUUGAAUUUAUUGGAAAUGUUUCCGGAAUACGUGGGAACAGUCAAUAUUGUGGCCAAAUAUGGGGAUAAUCUUCCGUUUCUGUUCAAAGUGUUGUCUGUAGGGAAGGCGCUGUCAAUACAGGCGCACCCAAACAAACAGUUGGCCGAAGUGUUGCACCGAACGGAUCCGUUUCAUUACCCGGACGCUAACCAUAAGCCAGAAUUGGCGAUCGCGUUGACAGACUUCGAGGCGUUGGUUGGUUUCCGACCGCAUUCAGAGAUCGAGGCGUUUUUGGAUAACGUGCCAGAGUUUAGAGCUGUUGUCGGCAACGAGUCGACCGCUAAUUACAAGAAUUCCGCGGAUAAGAAACAGGGACUCAAACAGUUCUUCACGACAUUGAUGUCGGCGCCCGAGAAUGUGGUGACGCAGAACUUGGAGGCACUCGUCCAGCGCUGGUCCAGAGAGGAGACUAUAGAUCCCGAUAAGGAAGCGCUGCGCCAAUUGUUCCUACGCUUAUACUCGCAGUUCCCGAACGACAUCGGGUGCUUUGCCAUCUUUUAUCUCAAUUAUCUCAACUUAAAGCCCGGCGAAGCCAUAUAUCUCGGUCAGGACGAGCCUCACGCCUACAUAUUGGGAGAUUGCAUGGAAUGUAUGGCCUGUUCUGAUAACGUGGUUCGCGCGGGACUGACCCCUAAGUUCAAGGACGUGAAGACAUUGAGCAAUAUGUUGACAUACAUUAGCAAAUCGGCAAAAGACCAGUUCCUGUCGCCAAAAGUGGUGGACGAGUUCACGAAGUCAUAUGUGGUUCCGGUGCCCGAGUUUGUGGUCGACGCCAUCCAAGUGGACGAACAACACGUGAAUUUUGCGUUUGAAUACACGCUGACGAAGAAGGAAAGCGGUUCCAUAUUGAUUAUCAUUAGAGGUGAGUCCAACUGCAACGGAACCGCUCUGACUCCCGGUUACGUCGGCUUCAUUCCCGCCAUGACUUCUCUCCGUAUAAAUCAACUGAAAUCUCCACUAUUGCUAUACAGAGCCUAUUGCCGAACCGAUUGAGUAAUAAUUAGUCGUCUAUUAGUUUAGUUUUUAGUAUAACUUUAUUUAACAAAACGUUUAUACUUUAUAUCGAGUAAUAUAUAUAAUUUUUAGUGAAUCUUCAAAUGUAUUCUAAUCUAUCAUGUGAUACACAAAUUGAAUAAUCGAUUCAAACAUUUAAACAGUUUUAAGUAUUAAUAUAUAAAACAUUUCUAUUGGAAAAUUAUGUCAAUAAAAACGAUUGCAAUAAAUUUUAGUCACGGC